AUGCUUGUGUGCUACUUUGGAAAAACCAUUCCUGUCAGACUUGUGUUGGCAGCUCCGAUUUUCACUCUCAUAGGAGGUGGAAGUCGAGUCUUUUGUCCUAUUAUCCUCGCUACGCUUGCAGAUACAAGCCCAUAUUCCAAGAGAACACAACUUUUCUACUUUGUGGCAUUGUCGGAGGAUUUAGCGAAUAUCGUGGCGCCACCAAUCGCAUCGAUGACUUUAGCUCGGAAUGUCUGGCUACCUUUCUUCAGUAGUACAGUUAUUUUUAUACCUAUUAUAAUCCUGAUCUGGACUCUGCGUACCUUGAAGAACAAGACAGUCACUGUUCUGAACACUCCUCUCGACACCGAUGAUGCAGAUGCAGAGGUAUCACGACCAUUGCUACCGCUGCUUGAAGAUCAUGAGGACGCUUGGCAGAGAAUCAGAAGAAACAUUUGGGGAGAGGUAUUUUGUAUGUUUUGGGAUAGAGAUGUUUCAAUUCUUCUGCUAUGUAUCUUUGGGCUCAGAUUCGCAUUCGAGAGUGAAGGUUUCUUUGCUCAAUAUGCAUCUGAGCGUUUCUGUCUGAGAUACGACCAGACAUCCUGGUUCUCAUGGGCUCAAUCUCUGGCCGCACUUUUGUCGAUUGGAUUUGGUCUUCCAAUGUUGACUUAUUACUGCCGCCGGCGGUACUAUUUACAACGAUUCAUAGAUUUCUACAUCAUUGUGUUGUGCCUCAUCAUCUUGUCCUGUGGCUUCUUCUCUGUGUGGCGAGUCACGAGCUCGAUUGGAUUCGGAAUAGCAACCUUCCUCUGCGGUCUGGGAGAGGGUGCAGAGGCCGGCAUUCAAGGAUUGGCUUCUUCAUAUGUAACUUUUGCUCAGCAUUCACGCUUGUUCACAACCAUGAACAACGUUGAAAUGGUGGCAAGGGUAAUAGGUGGACCGGUCACUGCGCACAUAUUUCAUAAGGGAAGGAAGCCUGAUGGAACACCUACCGGAAUCGCCUUUUUGAUUUCCUCCAUCAAUCAGCUUGUGUUCUUCACGACGCUUUUGGCAUUGGUUUGGAUCAGGCUUGUGGAUGAGGGUGAUGAAAGGGGUCGAAGAGAGGAAAUUGAGGAAGGCGACUCGGAGCGAAGGGAGGAAGCAGACACAUGA